CAACAUAUGGCACCACCUCACACAUCAACAAAACAUCAUCGUUUCCCCCAGUUUGUGGAGGCGAGAGCCGAGGAGACUUCAGGAAAUUUUGACAAGUCUGGGGGACAGUUAUAUAGGCCUACUGCUGCUGUAUGUGGUUGUUUGGGAGAUUCAUGCGACCCAACGCUGCAAAAAUGGGAGAUCCUAUGUAUCGAAUAAUUUUAUGUCAUGGGCCCAAUAAACAUGAAAUUUUGGUCUGGGGAGCCAUGACUCUUGGAGAACUGACACACAAGAUAGAAGAGGUUACUCACAUUCCUCAUUGUAAUCAGAAAAUCAUCUUCAAAGGAAGGAACUUAACAGAAUACAAUGUAGCUCUAGCUACAUAUGGUAUAUCUUCUGGGGCUAAAAUAAUGGUUCUAGGCAAAAGGUUUGACCCAGAGGAUGAUGCCAACUAUCAAGCUGUUGUCCAGAUUGACCAUUCAUGUACCAGAGUAGAAAGAACAUUAUUUGACAUCAUCCCUCAAGUUGAUGGGAUUUCUGGUGGAUACCUUGAAUCACGUUUGUGUGGAGAGACUCUGGGUAGACUGAGGAAACAGCUUCUAGCAGUUAAUGAAGAGUUUAUGCGCCUAUUGGAGCAGCUUGAUAGCAUAUCUUUUGAGCCAACAAAGGCCACUGGACCACGAGAUCAGGAAAACCAGACCCCAGCAAGGCAAAAACGCAAAUCGGUUGUCAAGAGAAUCCAACAGUUGAUGGAAAAAUCUGACCAAGUUCAUGAAAACAUCAAUCAACUUAGACUUAAAUAUAACUAAUAAUACAACAUGAUUGCUGUGAUUUAUUUCCAGAAUAUAAGAGCAGGGAGCAAGUUUGUUUGCAUUGCAGAUGUAGCUAGCUAACAAUAUUUUCCAUAAUCAGCUGUGUACAAUAUUGGAUGGAAGAAAUCUCAAUAUUAAUAGGAUGGUUUACCAUAUUUUCCCACCUCUAGAGAGAGUAUUUGUUUUCUUGUAUUCAGUGAAGUUCAUAUACAAGUGUUAUUAUUUUUUUGAAGAAUAGCUAGUUAAACAUACAUGUAAGUUAAUGUACAAUGCCAAAAUCAUUUCUUGAAUUUUUCCACCUUUGUGAUGGAACAUAAUUUUCAAGUGUUUAAGUGGUUUGAAAGUGGAAUUAUUUUUUAACAGCACAUGUUAGCUGCAUGUUACUUUUUUUUUUUAACUCAGUGGCUGUCUCUCACCAAGGCAGGGCGACCCAAAGAGAACACAUUUGUGUUGCCAUAUAUACACUUGUAAUGGAAGGAUAUUUUCCAUUGUAGUUGCAAUAUGUACCUGCAAGUUAUUAUUAUAAUGGGAAUAUUAGUUCUUACAUUAUUCUCUGUGGUGUUAAUGUAGUUAUAUGCCAGUUACAAUCCAGAGCCGGAAAUCAUAUUUUUCUUCCCUAAUCCCUUUAAAGGAGGUGCUGUGAUGCCAGUGAGGGGAUCUUGAUCCAAGGAGUCAAACCUGUCUUUCAUUCCUUUGAUCAAACCUGAUUGCUUCCCAUCCCCCAGGUGCUUUAUGACCCCUGUGGGUUUAGUGCUUCCCAUAAUAAAAAUAAUAAUACUCUUGAUGUGUACAAUAAUAUAGAUUAAUUAUUCACUACUAUUCUAGUACCACAAUCAUCACUUAACAUUCAGUCUGUUAUAAUGAGUACCCAUUUUUCCAGGAAGACUUCCAGAUUGCAAAUAUUUUCUUUCUCACAAAUAAUGCAGCUUGAGAAAGGUGAAUAAUUGUUAGUACCAUAAAAACAAUCAGCAAUAUUUAAAUUAUGUUUCAACAAUUUAAAUUGUUUCUUAGUAAGUAUUGUUCCUAUUAUGUAUAGUAAGACUUCAGUUAUACAAAUGGAUUUGGAUGAGCUGUUAUCCAAAUACAGCCUCUCCUCACUUAGCGAUGUACUCGUUUACUGACGCCUUGGACUUACGAUGGGCUCUCUAACCAGUAUUCAUACGUAAAUAAUAAUGUACGUAUAUUAGAGCUGAUUGUAGGUAGUAGGUUGGUAGACAGCAACCGCCCAGGGAGGGACUGCCGUCUUGCCAAGUGAAUGUAAAACGAAAGCCUGUACAGUGGACCCCCGGUUUACGAUAUUUUUUCAUUCCAGAAGUAUGUUCAGGUGCCAGUACUGACCAAAUUUGUUCCCAUAAGGAAUAUUGUGAAUUAGAUUAGUCCAUUUCAGACCCCCAAACAUACACGUACAAACGCACUUACAUAAAUACACUUACAUAAUUGGUUGCAUUGGGAGGUGAUCGUUAAGCGGGGGUCCACUGUAUUUGUUUUACAUGAUGGUAGGAUUGCUGGUGUCUUUUUUUCUGUCUCAUAAACAUGCAAGAUUUCAGGUACGUCUUACUACUACUUCUUACACUUAGGUCACACUACACAUACAUGUACAAGCAUAUAUAUACACACCCCUCUGGAUUUUCUUCUAUUUUCUUUCUAGUUCUUGUUCUUGUUUAUUUCCUCUUAUCUCCAUGGGGAAGUGGAACAGAAUUCUUCCUCCGUAAGCUAUGCGUGUUGUAAGAGGCGACUAAAAUGCCAGGACCUAGGGGCUAGUAACCCCUUCUCCUGUACAGAAUACUAAAUUUAACUUUCGUUUUUCUUUUUGGACCACCCUGCCUUGGUGGGAUACAGCCGGUUUGUUGAAAAAAAAAAAAUUAGAGCUGAUUUCCUCUAUUCUGUUUAUUUCAAUAUACAAUA